AUGGAUUCUGUUAGCAAAUCUACCUUAAUAAAGCUGCCCCCCUCACUAGCCUCAAGCCCAAGCAAAUCAAGCUUUUCUUUCUCUACUCCAAAGCCCUUUAUACACAACUCAUAUUCAGAUCUCAAGAACAUUUGAGCUCCAACUGCCAUUAAGAAGGACAAGAUGGACUUUUUAUCCUGUUUUUUCAUAUCAACCUUUAUACCCCUGGGCAAUAUAAUGCCCAUCCCAUUAUGUAGUUGGUUUGGGAAAUAACAGUUGCCAAGUCAACUCUGCCAGUUGACUAACGAAGUAUUAGCUUUUUACUUACCAACUGAUAGAGUUGACUUGGCAACUGAUUUUGGCGGGGAAACUCCACCAGUUGAGCUGGUAUUGUACAUCCAGAACGAUCCAAAAAUAGCCCUGGGCUAUAUCCUUUUUCUUAGGUAGUCUUUCUUCUAUGAUUUUUGUUCACUGAUUUAUUGCAGACACCCCUUCACUAAUUCCUCCUGUAAGAGAAGUCCUUCAGCCCAUCAUUAUAAAAGAGAUCCAAGAAGACUCUUUAGACACAUAUAUUAAUUAUGCAAGUAUUUCAAAUAAAGCAGAGAUUAUUUCAGAGUUCUCUACAGCUGAAUAUCAUGGCGCUUUAUCCUGGUUUUCUAAUAAUCGAAGAGAAUCUGCAUUAUCUGAUGACAACUCUUUAGGAAAUUGUUGGGCUUUUGCAGGAAACCAAGGACAAUUAGCUAUUCAGCUCGGAUAUGAAAUAUACCCCGAGCAAUUUUUUAUGAGGCAUGUUAAUGUAAAAGCUAUAUAGAUUGUGGAUUAUGUGACAGCACCAAAACAGUUUAAAGUGUGAUCUACAGAAACUUCAACUGAAAGUAAUAAGUGCUCUUUAUUAGGAAUUUAUAGCUUUGAUUUAAGGAUUAAAGGUGAAAAAAGAAAAGCCUGAGAAUUAUUUAAAUGUAAAAAUAGCUGUGAUAUUGCAAUCAGCGGAAUUCUUCUAGAAAUUGAUUCAAAUUAUGGUGGAAAUAAUACAUGCGUUUAUCAAUUUGGCUUACAUGGAAGGCCAAAAUAA